AUGAUUGAAGAGAAGUCUGCUUUGAGCUUUCCAGAUAAUCUGUCAAGUUCAAAGGACUACAGAAAUUCUCUUGAAAAUUUGAUUCUGCUGGCUGUUCUAUUGUCUACAAAACAAAGAUAUUACUACAAGGAACCAAAGGUCAAACGAGUCAGCCGCUUUUAUUCCGCAAACUUCGCCUUUCCUUGUACAUCAACCAAUCCCAAGUCAACAAACGCCUUAAAAAGUGAUAUUAGCGCUGAGUUUGGUCGAUCUUCUGUCUUGGUCAUGAGAAACCGGUCUACACCUCACAGCAGAUACAAUGAGCCAAUUAAAGGUGUUGAGAUGAGACGUCUACUUUGCAAGUAUGAACCCAAUGUCCUUUAUGCUACCGAUCACCUAUUCAAAAAAAAACUUACGAAAGUUACCAGUCUUUGCUUAUAUCAUCGCACUCAAACACCACAUGCAACCUAUAAUUUUGGAUUUACCGAUCUAAAUUAUUUGGAGAGCAUGAGUCCGUUACGCUUAAAGGGUCGAUUGUGGAAGCAAGAUCUUGCAAAAAUCUCCUACUAA